CGCUGGCGGCUUACAUGGUGGGGUUUCCGGUUCCUAGCAAUUCUAUCAGCAAAUUUCACCCGCCUAGAAAAGAAACAGACCAUCUCGUUGCACCUCUCCUCUUUCCUCCUCGUUGUUUUGCAGCAGAGGACGUGAGCCAAGCACCCGAAAUUCAGUGCUUGUUGGAUUAACUGGCCUUGGUUUCAUCGCAGCCAUGGCUACUUCGGCUCAUCAGGACCAGUCGCAGCUGGUAGUUGACCCCAACACCCUUCCAGUCGAAGCGGAACCGGUCAGAAGUCAAGCAGAAUCUCAAGAAGAUGCAAAGCUCUUGAAGUCAAUGGGCUACAAGCCAGUCCUGCAUAGGACAUACACUCUCGUUGAGAACUUUUCGACGACCUUUGCUGCUUUGUACUUUGUCGGAGGUGUGCGGGUCACAUUCAGCACAGGCAUCGCAGCAGGUGGUAAUCUGGCUUAUUGGACGAGUUACUUGGUUACCAUGGUAUUCACUUUCAUCACUGCCGCGGUAAUUGCAGAAGUAUGUUCGGCCUCUCCAUCGGCCGGAUCUAUCUACCUCUGGGCUGCAGAGGCUGGGGGCCCUCGAUUUGGUAGACUGCUGGGAUUUGUUGUCGCUUGGUGGAGUACCACUGCGUGGACCACCUUUUGCGCAAGCAACACGCAGGCUGCAGUGAACUACAUGCUUUCCGAAUUAACUGUCUUCGACUGCGACUUUCCUAAAGAUACCUCCAGCGUCAAGUUCCGCGCCGUGCAGUGGAUCUGCACUGAGGUCUUACUGGCGUUGGCCGCGCUUCUGAACUACUUGCCGCCACGGGUCUAUAGAUGGGUCUUCUACUCAUCCUCCCUUAUUGUUCUCUUAGACUUCUUCCUCAAUAUCAUCUGGUUGCCCAUCGGAGCCGCCAACACAUGGGGAUUCCGCACGGCGGAGGAGGCCUUUAUGUCGACCUACAACGGCACCGGCGCGCCAGCUGGAUGGAACUGGUGUCUGUCCUACCUCGCUACGGCCGGAAUCCUGAUCGGAUUCGAUGCAUCAGGCCAUGUCGCCGAAGAAACCAAGCACGCAUCCGUUACCGCAGCCCGCGGCAUCUUCUGGAGUACGGUAGUCAGCGGUAUCGGAGGACUUGCGACCAUCAUCCUCUUCCUCUUCUGUGCCCCCGACCCCGACACGCUCUUCUCCUUCGGCUCUCCGCAGCCAUUCGUGCCCCUGUAUGCCGUCGUCCUCGGCAAAGGCGGCCACAUCUUCAUGAACGUCAUCUGCGUCGUCGCUCUCUGGCUGAACACCGCCAUCGCGAUUCUCGCCGCCUCGCGCCUCGUCUUCGCCGUCGCCCGCGACGGCGUCCUCCCCUUCUCCAACUGGGUCUCGCGAGUUAAGAACGGCCAGCCACGCAACGCGGUGCUCGUCGUCUGGGGCGUCGCCGCCUUGAUCACAUGUACCCUCCUCCCCUCGGAUGUAGCCUUCACCUCGCUCGUCUCCGCCGCAGGCGUGCCCAGCGCUGCGGCCUACGGCCUGAUCUGCCUGGGCCGGCUGUUCUGCACGCCGAAGCGCUUCCCUAAGCCCGAAUGGAGCCUCGGCCGGCUCAGCAAGCCGUUCCAAUUUAUCGGCGUCUUCUGGAACGCCUGGGUGGUUGCCAUCCUCUUCUCGCCAUAUGAGUUCCCGGUCACCGGCGCAAACCUUAACUAUGCCCCGAUUAUCAUGGCCGGAGUGACCAUCUUCGCCUUGAUCUCCUACUGGGUCACCCCGGAAAGCGCCUGGCUGCCGAUCGACCGAAUCUCGCAUUUCAUCGACAGCAAGGGUGCAGUGCAGAGUUCCGUCGAGGAGGUUGGGGUGAGCCGUGCGCUUCGUGGUGGUAGUGGUGCUGCUGGUAGUGGUGGCCCUUCCUCCGAGGCCACCGAGGGCGAGACCGGUGGAUUGCAUUGAUGAAUAACAUCACCGUCUCUCGCGGGGGUGUGGCUACUGUGCUUCCGAGUUUACUAUGCUGAUUGGUGUGAUCACAGCGGGCGCAUCUAGAUGAGGACGCUCGACGCUUUGUUCCGGAAAGAAAAUACAAAAGUUUGGUUUGCUCGAUCUAGUUCGAGUGGUUCCGCUGGCAUGAUGAAAGAAAUAUGGGUGGAUUUCUGUGUCUAUGUAUGUAUGAUUAAUGUGGCUGUAGAUAGAAGGUUAUGGGUGAGAUGGGUGUCUGUGAGCAGCUUCGCCUUCGCGAUAUAUAUUGUGUUUGAUGGUAUGUGCCUCCGCCUCUGGAAAAUGGAUGGCCUGAAGAAACCCGUGGAUAGAAUCUGUUGUGUACGACCGUCGCAGAAAACAGAUCAUUAGUGUUGACUGUUCUAUUAUUAUUCAGAAGAAGAUGGAUGGUCAAUCAUUAUCAAGGGCGCAAU